AUGUUUAAAGUGACCAAUUCUACUGAUAUCAAAUUAUAUGUUUUUAAAGGAAAUGAGUUUGAAGACAAAAUGUGCUAUAAACUGAUUUUGCUAGAUAUGGGAGUAAACAAAUCAAAUAGCAAAGAACUGGAAGCACAUCAGGCUACCAUCUAA